UGUGUUUUACUACUUAACCCAAAUUAAAUGGAAAUCUAUAUAAAGGUGACAUAACGUUUACACUUUUGGUAAAUGAAUAACAGCCACUUAGUUCUUCAAUUCGGCGUUCAUACAAUAUGCAAUACUUAUUUCGAAAUGAUUUAAACAGUUGAUUCCGUUGUCACCCUUUCAAUGUGUUGUAUCCUUUAAUUGAUAUAUUUUUGAACGGAGUUCGUCACUCAAACUUAUCUUAAAGUGAACGCGACGGGUUGAAGGUUUUGUGGCAGUGAGCAGCGCAUUACGUUGAUAACCGGACCUGCAGGUUCUGCUUGUCCUACAAACAGACCGCUUUGCAGCUAUGAGGACGUUUGUAACGCGGAGUCAAGCCAGGCAGCUCCUGCACAACAAGUUCGUGGUGGUUCUUGGUGGCUCAGUCCAGCGCUCCAUGUACAAAGACCUGGUUCUCUUGCUUCAGAAGGAUCAGUGCUUGACUCUGUCUCAGCUCAAGUCCAAAGGGGAGUUUUCCUUUGAGCAGGACAUCCUGGUGGAGGGAGGUCGAUUAGGUCCCAUGACUAAUGGCACAGAGUACAGAGAGGUCAGACAGUACCGCUCUGACCACCACCUGCUGCGUUUCUACUUUCUGACACGGAUCUACUCACCGUACAUGGAGAGCAUCCUGGAGGACUUCAGACAAGGACUCAAACCUGACGUCAUUAUCAUCAGCUCCUGUGUCUGGGACAUCACCAGGUACGGCCUGGGGUGUCUUGAACAGUACAAAGAGAACCUCCACAAGUUCUUUAAUCAGAUUACAACCAUCGUUUGUCACGAUUGUUUCAUCCUGUGGAGUCUGGCCAUGCCGCUUGGCAAGAAGAUCAAGGGUGGAUUCUUGGUCCCUGAAGUGAGCCACUUGGGUCCCACGCUGCGUAAUGACAUAAUUGAAGCCAACUUCUACAGCGGUCGGCUGGCGGACGCCUACGGCUUGGACGUCCUCGACCUGCACUUUCACUUCCGCCUCAGCCUGCAGCACCGCAUGCCAGACGGCGUCCACUGGGACGCACUGGCCCAUCGACACAUCAGCAGCCUGCUGCUGCAGCAUGCCGCUGACGCCUGGGGAGUAGACCUGCAUGACUCGCCCUCCCCUCCAGGACAAAUGCUUCAGGGUUACCGAGAAGACUAUGGACACAAUAUCAGACCUGAGUGGCCCCGUCCAAAGCCCCUGCUGGACUCAGUACCACUCCAGAGAUGUGGCCUGAUCCAAUACCAGCAGAGUCACUUCAGAUCAGACAGAUUUCAGCUGGUUCCACCAAACUCAGGUCGAGGUUUCAGUCUCCACCCUCGUUUCCAAGCAGACGAUCACUGUAUAAGGAGGAGGAGGCCUAAAUUCAGGACUCACCCAUACCCCCCCCACCUUCCCUGGGUGACGCCAAGACACCAUGCAUAUGGAUGAGCAGAAGAAUGCAAAAUGGUGGAAGAAUUGUUCUCUUCAACCCGAGUUUGAAGGGGGAACACACAACAGAAAACAAUGUCAGGUGUAAGUAGUCUUAUUAUAUUUCUGUUUCUAUGCUUUAUGUUUUUAUAUCAUGUUUUCAGGUUGUCCGUCUGCCCCAUUCUCAUGAACGCGAUAUCUGAGGAACGCCUUGAGGGAAUUUCUUUUAGAUUUGGCACAAAUAUCAACUUGAGCUGCGUUUUGAUUAGUAGUUCCACUUCCCCUCAGCCCUUGGUAUUAUGUAACAGCAUACGUCGCACAGAGGCCACUUGGACAGCAGAGGGAAAGUGGGCAGGGGAAAUAUAUGAAACAUACCCAGCUGGAUUCUGUACAGUCUGCAGUCGUGUCAAAGUUUUUUGCUAUGGAAAAACAGACUCCUUAAUGCGACAUAAUCUGAUGUAAUGUUUAAAUACCUUUUUUAAAAAGCAAAACAAACAUGUCAGGAGAAACAGCUGGAUUUUGAAAGUAUGCAGCCAAGAAAAUUCCACCCCCUCCCUUCAAGCCUCCCUCCAAAGCCACUCCCCCAAAACACUUUUUCAUGCACAAUGAGUGGACGGGCAGAGUGCGCGCAGGUAGGUAGGUAGACAGGCAGGUAGGCUAGCGAAUCAUUUAUUCAGGCCGAAUGAAAUGAUUGGAUGGGAUUAUUACGGGCCUGUGACAGCCACAGAUUUUUUUCAUUUUUUCCCCCAGAGCAUUUGAUUUGUUGAUUGCUGUCGGGAUGUAAAGAGAAUUUCAACAAAUAACAAAAAAUGCUUCUGAAAUACAUUACCUACCCUAGCUUUGAGACGUCUCGUUUUUUCAUAAACGUGCAACUACCUGUCACAGACAACAGGGUGUUAGAAAGGAAGUCCGAGGCACAGCAUUUUUUGGCAAUUGCUGUUCCCAGCUGAUCAGGUUGUGGAGAACACAAACCAAAAUAUUAGGCUAAGCUAUGGCUCACCUGUAGUGAGUGCCUGUAGUUAACUUUAUCAUGAUGAUGAUGCACUGUUUAUCCCAUUCAAUUUCAGUAUCAAUAACAAUCAUUUCCAAAUCUGUGUCUGCUUGUAAUGUUACCAGUCUAGUAACUAGGCGUUACUAUGCACAUUCACAUGUUUGUCCCAUCAAUUAAUAAAGCUGAGUGCCCAGCAAGUAUGAGCAACCAUGUAUGCCUGAUCUUUAACAUGGAAUUCCGCUUUAUGCUGAUGAUCCUGUAAUGUUUUGGUAUGUACUUAGCAGUGGGCUACACACGCAUCACAAUAUUUCUUCAGAAGAAAAGAAAAUUAGAUUCUACUAUCCUGGUGCUCAGAGAUGUUUACAGAUUAAGUAAACUAUGACAGGCAGAGCACCGCUCUAGUCAACAAUGUUAUGGAGGGAUUUUGUCUGAAAUCGUAUCACCUAAAUGUAUACAAAACAAAUGUAGUAGUGGAUUAUAGAUGGCACUGAUCUUGAAUCUUGAAGAGUGGACAUUGAGGUCGUCGUCAAGGUGGCUCUCUUCCUUCACUCACUUUCUCAGCGAUACGCACAAGUUUUAGUCCAGCGACUGAUAUGGAGGGGUGAAAUUUGUCAGUGGCUAGUCGAGGGGAGGAUCGCAUAUUGAAAGACAACAUUUAUGGCACAUCGGCAUAUGAACAUUAGAAAACAAAUGACUUUGUCCUAACCAUUGAAGUUCUUAGUUUAUCAGGGAUUUUCAGUUAUGCAAGAGCUAUGAAACUGAACAUUUAAUUCACAGUUCUUGAAAUGUUUCCAGUCAGGUUAAAUGGCCAAUGUGGUUAUUAUUAUUAUUAUUAUUGGGGUCAUUCAGCUUCUAUGACAACACUUCCAACACACACACAUUGAUGCAACCCUCUUCAUGAAUAUAUAUAUGUCCUUUAUUGGCCACAACCAGAACAGGCACAUUAACGCCAAAAUGACACAUCUUAAGGUGUAGAAAAUCUACAUGACAUGUAUAUAAACACAAACAAGACGUUAAUUGCGCAAAUUGCAAGUUGCAUCACCACCCACAACAGGAAGACUGGAGUGUAUGACAUCAUCAUCAUCACCAGACCAAAGCCACUCACAGCAUCCACUGGGAAGAGGUCAAAGGACAUCGACCAGGAGUCAGUAGGCAACCAGGGAAGGAUCAAGGAGGACAUUCACGUCCAACACCUAAGACCAUUUUUGAACAGAGACAGGGGUUACCACCUCCCUUCAUAUACAACCACCUGCUAUCGCCUGGCUGAAGCUCCAUAUGUAAAUAACAACUGAGAAAAUAGGCACUAAGGAAGACCGUGAGAUUCGGUUGAAAGCCUGGAAAAAGCUAGUACGUGGACCUUGCGUUAAACUGGAAACAGUUUCUAUUGUCGUCUGCUGCUUCUGUUUCUGUAUUUGGUUGUUUUCUCACUUUUUCUAAAUUUGCUUGUGUUUUUUCUAUUUGCAUGUGUUUAAUUUAGUUGCCGUGCGUUGAGCUUUCAGGGCCACCGUAUUAUGGGGUAUUGAGUGUAGACUGAUCAGGGGGAAAAAAAUAUUUAAAUGAUUUUAGCUGCAACAACAAAAUGUGAAAAAAGUGAAGGGGUCUGAAUACUUUCUGAAUGCACUGUAUAAAUUGUAUAAAAAAUAAAAAUUACAGUACAAUUUCAAAACCGCAGAAUCUUCCAUAGAUAGAUCGAUAAUCUCUUAGAUCUAUAAAAGUCUUACAUAUAGCCUGCAAGAGGCCUUUAUUAAUUUAGAUAUGUAAAUUGUUUAACAGCCAAUUAUUAGUGGUGUUAUUACUGUUGUUGAUGUUACUCAUUUAAUAUUCCUUUUAACUCUUCCAAUUUAUCGUUCGUAAUCUGGUAGGGCAAGUUUGGUUGUAAGCAAAUACCAAAGAUAUUUAUUAAUAAUUUAAUCAAUAAAAUUAUUAAUAAGAUUUAAUAAUUACAGAGCACCACCCUGGGAUCAGGGACCAAACUGUGGAUGCAGUCUCAAAAAGGGGUUGUUCACUUAAAAAUGCCAAUAUUAAAUAUUAAUAUUUAAUCACUAUUUUACGUUCAUAAGGUGAACAGUGAAGGACUGAAUCUGAGAACUGACCAUCACAGCUGCUUUUACAACACAUACAUCAAUAAUCACAGGCAACUGCACUUUAAAUCUCUAAAUGAGCGUAAGGCGUGUAGGUAAAAGGAAGAGAGGAAAAGGCAAACAAAGCAAGGUACAGAAGAUUUGCUGCAGCAAGACACAAUAAUUGUCCCUUUACCACUCAGGAACCCGGCAAGCGAACUUGGAUUCAACAGUCGUGGCACUGGUCUUUUAACUGAAAGUGCAGUUAUUGGCUUCACAUGUAGUGGCAGAAAAACUAACACAAGCAAAGGCCCAAGACAAGAAAGGAAUGUGCUGUUGGGUCUUACCAUGUGUGGGGAAACAAAGAACGGCCUGUAUGUAAAAGGUAAAGCCUGAAAUAAAGGCCUGAACUGAGAAACAACGCCAAAUCCCCUCAGAUUCAUUAAGUCACACCUGAGUGUGAGGUUUAAGCUUGAAUUUCUCCUCGCUGGACGAGAAACAGACUGCUUUGUGUUGGCUAAACACAUUUUGAAUCCUGAAUGAGACUGUUAUACUCCACAUAACAAUC